UCUUGGCGACCCUACUUGGAGCUCACACGCUUCAGCAAGCCCGCUGGUCUCUUAGGCUUCUACUUCCCCUACUUUAUAGGCUUCCUCUACUCAGUCAAUCUGACCAACCCGAGGGGCCUUUCCACAGUCGACUGGCUCAAGCUCAGCGCCGUCUUCCUGCUCGAUGGCCUGCUGCUCCGUAGUUUCGGCUGCGCCUGGAAUGACACCGUCGACCAAGAUCUUGAUCGCCGGGUCGAGCGCUGCAAGAAGCGACCGCUCGCCCGUGGUGCCAUCACGACAGCAGAAGCACUCGCUGCCACACUCGUCGUCGCCCUCGCUCGCCACUGUUUACUCUACGCAACGCUGUCAAUUCGUGCAAACCAGCACGCCCUAUUCGUCACCAUCAUAGCCCUUGUUUACCCUUUCAUGAAGCGCGUCUCCAACUUCCCGCAGCUCUGCCUUGGUACCGCCGUAGGCUGGGCUAUCUUCCUGGUUGACGCUGCUGUCGCCGAUGGCUAUGGAGCUGACCACGUCUCGAAAUUCAACAACGAGGACCGCAACAAGGCCACGCUUGCCAUAUUCGCUGCCCAGGUCAUAUUCAACAUCACUUACGACACUGUCUACGCCUUCCAGGAUAUUCGGGACGAUCUCAAGGUAGGCGUGGGCUCGCUAGCCGUG